AUGAAAAUUAAGGUAAAGAAUGGUGCCUCCAGGCAAUUCACCGACUACCCUCCUCUGACAGACCUGCCCCCGGAAUGGGUCGACGACUUCGAGCUCGUCCCUCCACCUGACGAGAAACCGGAUCCCCAGCGGCGAGAGAACGAACUCGACGAGUCUCGUAUACCAUGGGUAACAUGGCGGUCCCUGGCCCUGGGAGCCUUUGUAUCGAUAGGCGGGAUUAUCUUCGGCUACGACACCGGCCAAAUCUCAGGAUUUCUGGAAAUGAGAAACUACAAAAUGCGGUAUGCCCAGUACAAGGGCGGGGGAGAAUACAAGUUCAGUAACGUUCGAUCGGGGUUGAUCGUCUCCAUGCUUUCUAUCGGGACUCUUAUAGGAUCGCUCCUAGCAGGGCCCCUCUCUGAUCGCAUCGGACGUAAAUGGUCCAUUUUCUCAUGGUGCAUUAUCCUGCACAUCGGUCUCCUCAUCCAAAUCGCCUCCCCGACGGGGAAAUGGUACCAGAUGAUGAUGGGCCGCUUCGUGACCGGCUUCGGAGUGGGCUCGUUAUCGCUGCUCGUCCCCAUGUAUCAAGGCGAGAUAGCACCGCGCCAUAUUCGCGGUGCCAUGGUAUGUUCCUACCAACUCUUCGUCACACUGGGCAUCUUCGUCGCCUACUGCAUCAACUUUGGCACAGAGAGUAUGACCAACACCGCCUCCUGGCGAAUCCCACUCGGGAUCACCUUCUUCUGGGCCCUUGUGCUCGGGCUGGGCAUCCUGCUCUCCCCCGAAAGCCCGCGCUACAACUACCGACACGGCCGCGUAGAGGAGGCGAAAAGCACCAUGGCCAGGAUCUACGGCGUCCCCGAGAACCACCGCGUGAUCGUCCACGAGGUGCUCGAGAUCCAGGACCAGAUGGAAGCCGAGCAGGGCUCGGAAACGGGCUGGCGCGGAUGGAUCGAGAUGUUCGAGGCGCCGCGGAUGCCGUACCGGAUUGUGCUGGGGGUGCUGCUGCAGGCCCUGCAGCAGCUGACGGGUGCCAACUACUUCUUCUACUAUGCAAGUAGACCCAGCACCCGCCCUACUCAAAUGGCGGAAAAGGAGGGCGCCACGGUGUUCAACGGAGCCGGUAUCAGCAACGUCUUCGUAACGCAGAUGAUCCUGGGUGGCGUGAACUUCGGCGCCACGUUCGGCGGACUGUAUAUCAUCGAACAUUAUGGCCGCCGGCCCUCGCUGAUCGCGGGUGGGCUCUGGAUAACCCACGGAACACGCCCGGCGCGGGGACCGCAAUGGUUGUUUUUCGCGUGCCUGUUCAUCGUAGGGUUUGCGAUGACCUGGGGCCCGAUGGUGUGGGCGAUCGUGGCGGAGCUAUACCCGUCACGGUAUCGGGCGCGAGCGAUGGCUAUGGCGACGGCGUCGAAUUGGCUCUGGAAUUUCCUACUUGGAUUCUUCACGCCGUUCAUCACGGGCGAUAUCGACUUUGCGUAUGGGUAUGUAUUUGCUGGCUGUCUGCUCGUGGCGGUAUUGGUGGUGUUCUUCUUUGUUAUUGAGGGUAAGGAUAAGACGCUGGAGGAGAUGGAUAUGAUGUAUGUGAUGCGAGUGAAGCCAUGGAAAAGUGCCAAUUGGAAGCCACCGGCGCCGGAGCAUCGGUUGUCUACGAGUCAAUUGAGAGACCGACAAGUGGCGGAGAAGUACAACCGCGAUGAAGAAUCCACGGCCGGUAGGAAGCAGGCGGAGGAACCGGUGCAAGAGCACGCGGAGAACGCGACUGGAGAAGGCCCGUCCGUUGUCUAG